CGUCUCAAGUUGGCAACAAUGCAGUUUGUUCAGUCUUGCCAUCGUAACUGCACAAAAAAAAUAAACAAAAAAAUUCAGUUCCAUAAAGUGGAUUUUUUUAUAUAUUUUUCAAUAAAAUUCGACAUAACGUUUAGUUGUAAAUUACUGAAUUAAUGACGUUUAGGUUUUUAAUCAUUUUAUUCGGUACUGAUUACUUUAUCCUGUGAUCUAUAUUUUAUAAAGUUAUCCUAAAAGAAGAAUUAAACUGGUAUUAUUACAAUUAAAAAGAAGCAAAAUGACUUUAGAAAGCUCGCAACCAUUACUAUCAUCAAAGCACAGAAGAGAUCUUGAUAUAAUAUCUCGUUAUGGAUUUUUUAUUCUAAUGUUAUUAUGCAUGCUUUUUGCAUCAGUGCAACCUAGAAUAGGUGGUGCAAAUGGAGUAAUUAAUGGAAACAUUAUUGUAUGGUAUUUAGCAGUGCCAAUAACGUAUUUUGAAGCCGGCCUGAUUUGUAGCCCUAAAGCAUUAUACUCUGUACUCUGUGAUGGAUAUCUCAUAGCAUUUGUCAUGGCUUUCAUGUAUAUUUUAAUGCCUCUUUUAGCUAGAGUUGCAAGUUGUCUAUUAAUUUAUGUUAAUGUUAACAUAUGGCUUUUGAAAGGGAUGGAGAUUUUUUACUGUAUGCCACCUCCAUUUAAUGUAAGUUUUGCUCUAAGUCGUUUAGCAAAUGCUGAUUUAGCAACAAGUAUCAUAACGACUUUGAUCUGUCACUUGGGAGGACUUUUAAUAUCUCCAUUUCUGCUUUAUUUUAUGUUAGGAGCAUCCACUCCUCCUCUUGUAGGAAUUAACCUUGGAGAAAUAAUUUAUAGUACCUUAGUGCCUUUAAGCCUUGGAAUAGUUUUUCGGACAUUAAUCCCCAAGUUAGAUUCCUACUACAAUGGCCUUCAAACAAAUUGGAUACCUUUAGGAUUGUUGCUAGUGACGGCCUUCCAUUGGUUCUGUGAUGCAAUUACUGCUGAUUCUGCUUCUCUUCAAGCCCUAGAUGUUUUACUCUGUGUAUUAAUUGCAUGCCUGGGACAAAUGUUGAUAGCUGGACUCUGUUGGAUGCUCUGUUCUCAAUGGCUCUCAAGGAAUGUUCUCUUAGCUGCAUUAUUCACAAGCACAAAUAAGUCCGUAGGCCUUGGAGGAUGGGUGAUCCGUGGAGCGUAUCAUGGAUCGUCUCAUAGUACUGCUGUUAAUUUACCAAUGGCAAUUUUGCCAGUAGCCCAAUUACUUUUAGGAAGUCUUUUAGCCUGUUGGGUUUCUCCAUGACGAAGGGUUUAUACCAAAAAGAAUGAUUCGAAUGAAAUAAUCAAAAGUACUUCGCCUAACAAAGGAGCAGUCGUCGUUGAUAUUAAUGAAUAAUGGAUCAAAAAUCAGAGCUUUUUACUAGAUAUUUUCAGUAUUAAUCAUUUUAACGAUCAUGAUUAAUAAUUAAAUGGAUCUUAUAAUAAUUGAAAAAUAUUUUA